AUGAGUGAUGAUCAAAUUGUUUUACUUUCGACAGAAGUCGAUGCAUUUGUAGAAGCAUUGGAACCAUUUGAAGUUGAAGAUAUAGGAAAACCAAGAUGGCAUACACAACAUGAAUAUAUUGAAAAAUUGAAUAUGCAAGCUAUUCUUGAUGCCAAUCGGAAUACGCAUGAAUAUGUUCGAGAAGUUAUAGUAAAUAAUGAUAAGCUUCCUGUUCUUGUUUCUCAAUUAAUAACAACUGAAAUUUGGCGAGAAAAAGUUUUUCGUGAACUUAUUGCAAUGCGAUUCGAACCACGUGUUACUUUUUCGAUUUAUAUCAUUUUGUAUCAUGAAGCAUGUAUUGUUAAUUUACUUGAAACAUUAAUGUAUCAUGAAGAUGUUUGUACUUCAUUCGAUGAUCAAAUACUUGAUCUUAUUGAUUAUAGUUAUCGUUUAUUAACUGAAAUAAUCCGAAAAUUAAAACAUGAAGAACAACGAAGUCGUCAAAAACAAUCAAAUCAAAAUGAUAAUUCAUUAAAUGAUAUUUCUGAAAGUAUUAAAGAACUUCUUACACAAGAAGAAACUCUUCGAUUUGAUAUGGGAAUGAAAAUGUUAAGUAUUGUUCGAUAUAUUUGUGAUUGUUUACAAAAAUUACCAAUCAGUGUAACAACACGUUUACUUGAUAAUUUUGAUUUUAUUUUAUUACUUGUUGAUUUUAUUGAAACCAAACCAUGGGAAAAAACACUUAAUGAUGGUACAUUAAUGCGACAUAUUGAAGGAAAAUGGCAAACAAUAUCAAUUGAAGAUCGAUAUAUAAUACCGAAAAUAGAAGGACAAGUUUGGUUAGCUCUGUAUCAAUUAUUACUUAGUCCACAUUGUUUACAAAAAUAUGAAUAUACUGAUUAUAAUAAAAAUCGUAUAACUAAAUUACGUGCUCAUCUUAAUGAAGUUAUACUUGAUCAAAUGCCUCAUCUUAUACAAUUACAACGUUUUCUUGAACAAUUAAGUUUUAUGGAACCACCGACUGUUAAAAAACAACUUGUUUUAGAACAAGUUGCUGAAUUAUAUGAUCGAAUAAUACGAAAAUAUAAAAAUCAGUGGCGUAAUAUAGCUGAAAUACAAGCUAAAACAGUUUUAAAUCCAAGUGAAGUUGAAGCACGACAGCAAGCAGCACGUUGGGCAAAUACAAUGAAUUUUGAUAUACUUGAAACAUUUAUUAACGACGCACCUAAAUGUGCUAUUUGUGGUGAACAAGCUACUAAACGUUGUUCACGUUGUCAACGUGAAUGGUACUGUCGACGUGAAUGUCAAGUUAAACAUUGGCCUAAACAUAAAACUAUGUGUGAUAUGAUUGUUGAAAUUGCAAAAUCCGAAACAUCAAAUAGUUCUCAAUGA